AUGGCUCCGUUCGAGGUAUUCCGAAACCUCCUUCAGGCUCUCAAGCCCACCACCAACGCGAAGGAGCGAAAUGAUCUCCUCAAGGCAGAGUCGGAGGAACUCGAAAUGAUGGCCGAUCAGCUCCAGGAUGACCUCAUGGAUGCCCUCAUGUUCUAUCACAAGCUCACAAAAUGUGUAGGCCAGGAAUCUGAACUAAAGAAGCGAGCCAACGUCGCCAUCGACAGAGCCAAGGAAGCCCUCCAAGUGUUCGAACAGCACAAGAAAGAGGGAUUCGAGGAGGGGGCGAAAUCCGUUGAAAUGUGCCGCACCAGGAUCCAAGUGUGUCUUCUAUGCCUCCAAACUACCCAGUCAAGCCUUGCGCGUCGAACCGACUACAUGAGAAGGGCCCUGUCGGAUUUGGCCCGCAGGGCCAACCCUUGA